AUGGGGAGGAAAAAGAUCGACAGUUCACAGGCCUCAUGUGAAUUUACCUUCGGCACACAUGGUUUGGAGAACCUGGAGUCCUCCUACCCUACACUUCUGAAAGUUGCCGGAUCCCGUGAGCUGCCGCUGCUGGAUUUGUCUUCUAUUCAAAUGGAAUUGGAACAAAUUCUCGCCAGCGUUGUGGAGCGUAUGAUUUGCUUACAAUCCGAGUCAAAAGGAAAAGAAUUACCUGCCAGCGUCGUUUCUGCAAUCAAACGUCAUCACAGAAACAGAGAAGCUGAAUCUAAUCAAAAGUGUCUCUCGAAACCGUCGUUAGUUGUGAAAGCUAAUCCUGAUAAACCCCUCACUUUGAUCAUAUCUCAACGUUCUGGUCCUUGUCCUAAUCCCCAGACAACGCUACCAAGUGUUUCAACUUCAGUAAAACCUGCAUUCGGUUUGAGGCGAUCUAGCAGGUCUUCAGUUGAAGAAGUAUCGGAACUCUGUUCACCAGCAUCUCCUGACAAAACUCUGUUGACUUCAAGGUAA